UCAAUUUUUGCCAGCAAUCAAUAAAAAAUAUUACAUUUUAAACGGUAGUCAGUAAAAAUAAGAAAAAUUUUAGUAAUAAAUCUGAAAUAAUAAAAUACUUUUAAAUCAAUCAAUUUUAUAAUAAAAAUUGCUUAAGUAAUCACGAUGACUGAAAAACAAUUGUCUAAACUAGCAGACAUACCACUAGCACAACCGGGAUUCGACGCUUUGAACAUGUCAGCCCCUUUCAUCGUUCAGAUGAACAAUGAGGGAAAAUGGGAAAGCAAGACACCAGAAAAUCUGGACGAGGAACGCCUUAAAGCUAUUGUUCAACAUUUAGUUAAUUCCAAGGCAAUAUCUGCGGCACAGAGUUACUGCUGUCAGUGUGCUGCAGAAAAUCAGUUGCCAAAAAUGCGACCCCAGUAUGUGCCUGUAGUUAUGAUGCCAAUUUUUCCAAGUAACCAAUGUCCUUUUGAUAUGGAGAGCGAAGUAAAGAAAAUGUCUGAUGCCGAUAAGCCAAAGACUAAACCUACUAAAAAAGCAAAAGCUAUAGAAUCAAAAGACGGAAAAGAGAAGGAUCGCGCUGCGAAACCAAAGAAGCGAGGCUUUGUUAUGCAGCGGCUUACAGACUUCGAUUUACUGUCCCAAUGGUGAAACAUAGUAUUGUGAGAAAUGUAAAAGUUAUGUAAAUGUAAACUACUGUUUUCAAUAAUAAGUAAUAAAUUAAUUUGAUUAAAUUUA